AUGUCCAUCGUUUCUGGUAACCCCUCUAAUACCAGUUUUGAUGGAAGCCCAUCAACCGACUCAGAUUCUUCGGACGAUCCAGCGCGCCGGAAGCCUCGAACAAAUGCAGCAACUGGCGCCUCGGCUGCGGGUGUUCGUGCCCUGAGCGCACAGGCUGUGGCCUUUUAUUUCAGAGCCCCUGCCAAAGCAUUCUUUCGCACACGAGUGGAUUUAAUUAGCUACCUCCCCCUGGCUUUAGCCAAAGCUAUCAACCCGCGAGUCGCGGAGGGCAGCUGGUCAUGGCAUACAACGACUCCAGGACUCCUCGCCCACGCCGUCCGCAUGGUUGGGGCAGUUCUAUAUACUUCGUAUCUUCAAAUAUUAAGCGGACUCCACGAGCCCUCAUUACAAGCGACCAAGCGCAUUUACCCACCUCCAGCUCCGAGCCUGACGUUCACGGCCGGUUUUGCUGCAGGAGGAAUACAAUCCAUAAUCGCAGCGCCCCUGGACGCGCUCCAGGUGCGGUUUAGCACUAGUGAUAUGAUAAAUGGCCAGUACAGGAAUGUAUGGCAAUACGGUAAACACAAACUUCAUGAAAUAGGCAUUCGGGGCAUCUUUUCCGGUUGGGGUCUCUCGUUCCUGAAGGAUUCGUUCGGCUCCGCUCUCUUCUUCGGCAUGUUCGAAACUAUCAAGUCUCAAGGGUACUACACCUUUGUCAGAUAUUAUUACGGCUCUCUCAAACCACACCGUGUCGAGAAACUCUCGGUGUCAGCAGCACCCACUUCAUCUGGAGGUAUCCCCUCCAUCCAGCCUCACUAUGCUCUAGAACCGUGUUUCCUGAUGCUAGCCGGCGUUACGGCGUCCCUGAUGCAGCAGUUUGCGCAGCACCCUCUCAACGUAGUGCAGACUGUCUACUAUGAGAGGCUGGAGCACAUCGACGCGAUGGCCAAGUUAGAUCACUCGGGGAUGAAGAUGAUGAAGCACCACUAUGAAGCGUACUUGGAGCUAUUUGGGAGAUGUCAAAAACUGGCCAUACGCGCUGGUGGCUGGCAUUCAUGGCUUUUUAGAGGAUUUUUUGGGAACGCUGUUCGUCUGGUGCCAAGCACUAGCGCUGGUCUUAUCAUCUUUGAGCUGGUCCGGCGUAAAUAUGGGGUCGAUGCGGAGAUUGUGCAUAUACAACAGGACGGCUAUGAAAUCAUCUUGACAUAA